CGCCUCUGACAUGACGUCAUGACGCCGGUGCGAAUGCGGAAGGGCGCCUGACUGUCGCACAUGGUGAAAAUGGCUGCGAACGGGGAGAAACAACAGGGCCACCGAGCCGGUAUUUAUAAACAGAAAAACAAAGGCCACAAACAUGGCAAGCACCGGACGAAAGGUGAAAUUGAGAGAGAAAACAAAGGGCGAGUAUCAGUGACAGCUCUCACCAAAAAACAGAGAAAAGAGCAAAAGAAGAUGGACAGGAGGCACAAAGCUAACCAGCUACGCCAGAAAAAGAAAGAUAUGGUGCUUACAGAGAAACGGCGUUUAGGCAGCAGAGAAGGUCCUCCUCACCUGGUUGCAGUGGUGUCGCUCCAUGCCAGUGUUGAUGCUAGCGCUAUUACUAAACUGUUGCGUGCUGAAGGUGCUGGGGGUGUCGUACAUCAGGAGCAGUGCAUCACUGGUGUCAGUGACAGCUUUGGGCUCCUCCUGCCUCGUUUUAAACAAAGGUUCACCUUCCUGAGUCAAAGCACAGCUGACAUACACUCCCUGCUGGAUGUGGCCAAGAUUGCAGAUAGCCUUGUAUUUGUGUUGGAAUCUAAUGAAGGUUGGGACAGCUAUGGGGACUACUGUCUCUCAUGUCUCUUUGCUCAGGGCCUCCCCAGUCACGCUCUGGUUUGCCAAGGUGUAUCUGACCUCCCUGUUAAGAAGAGGGUUGAAUCCAGGAGAGCUCUGACAAAAAUCACUGAGGUCCGGUUUCCUGAUGCCCGUCUCUUCUCUCUGGAUUCGGAACAGGAAGCCACGUUACUUCUCAGACAUCUGGGCAGUCAAAGACAGAGAAAACUGGGCUUCCGCUCUAGACGGUCUCACCUUCUGGCUCAGCAUGUCACUUUUACGCCUAACCUUGAAGGGAUAGGAGGUGGUCCUACUGGCCUUGGUACCCUGUGUGUGUCUGGUUAUGUCCGUGGCUGUCCUUUAAGGGUUGACAGACUGGUUCACAUCAGUGGAUAUGGAGACUUUCAGCUCAGUCAAAUUGAUGCUCCUUCAGACCCUCUUCCACUUAAUGCAACAGCUAGACCACCAAAGCCUGGCAAGGGCGGAGAUGUUGACAUGAUGGACGGUGAUGAGGAGGCUCCACUGCGGGUGUUAAUGAAAGCAGAUCCAUCCUGCAGGGAGAGUCUGCAGACGGAGGCUGAGGUGGACCCUAUGGAUGGAGAGCAGACUUGGCCCACAGAAUCAGAGCUGCUGGAGGCUGAAGAGGCCAGGAAGAACAAACGUGUGAUGAAGGUUCCAAAAGGAACAUCAGACUACCAGGCCACAUGGAUCGUUGAUGAAGAUGAAGAGAAUGAUGAGGGGGAUGAAGAAAGUAGUGAUGAGGAUGAUGAUGAUGACGACAUGAUGGAUGAGGCCUUGGAAGGAGAGGAUGAGAUUAACUCACAGGAGGCUGGUUCAGGCUCAGAAGGUGAAGAAGAGGAGGAGGAGGAAGAAGAGGUGUGCAACGCGGAGCGUACUGGAGCAGACCAGCGUUACGAUGAGCACAUGGAUGAGGCUGCAGAAGAAGAGGGCUUGAAGCGCUACCGUGAGGCUCGAGCCAAUGAGAUGUUUCCUGAUGAGGUGGACACGCCCCUUGAAAUGGCAGCUAGAAUCCGGUUUCAGCGCUACAGGGGCUUAAAGAGUUUCCGCUCGUCUCCCUGGGACCCCAUGGAAAACCUGCCUCUUGAUUAUUCACGGAUCUUCCAGUUCCAGAGCUUUGAACGGACCCGGCGCCGCGUCCUGACGGAAGCCGCAGCUGAAGACGAUGGAGCCAUGGUGGGCUGGUUUGUCACCCUGCAUAUCAUCGAUGUACCACCUUCUGUGAUGGAGAGUGUCCAGGCAGGCAGACCGCUAGUGUUGGUGUCUCUCUUGCCUCAUGAACAGAAGAUGUCAGUAAUGCACCUCUUGGUUAGGAGACACCCGAGCAAUACAGAACCCAUCAAAUCCAAAGAGGAGCUAGUCUUCCACUGUGGAUUUCGGAGGUUUAGGGCCUCUCCGAUCUUUUCCCAGCACACAUCAGCUGACAAGCACAAGAUGGAGCGUUUCCUCAGGCCAGAUGCCCCCACCGUGGUAUCGGUGUAUGCUCCCAUCACAUUCCCCCCUGCAGGAAUCCUCCUGUUCAAACAAAGGAACGAUGGCAUUCAGGACCUGGUGGCUACAGGCAGUCUGCUCAGCUGUGAUCCCCAGCGUGUUGUGCUGAAGAGAAUUGUCCUGAGUGGACACCCGUUCAAAAUUAACAGACGUUCAGCAGUUGUCCGUUACAUGUUCUUUAACAGGGAUGAUAUCAUGUGGUUCAAGCCAGUGGAGCUGCGAACCAAGUGGGGACGGAGAGGCCACAUUAAGGAGGCUUUAGGAACACACGGCCAUAUGAAGUGUGUAUUUGAUAAUCAGUUGCGUUCUCAGGACACUGUCCUGAUGAAUUUGUAUAAGAGAGUGUACCCUCGCUGGACAUAUGACCCGUAUGUGCCCCUGCCUUUACCCUGGGUGAAGAGAGAGGGCACUGUGGAGCUGGAUGACUUGGACAUGGAAUAGCAGAAAGAUGAAAUGCAGCAUAUGUAUCAACAAAAAUACAUUAUACCAGUUGACACUUGUGCAGAGUGUAGUGUGUAUGAAGUAAACUAUUUCGAUCUAAA